AUGUCGAAAUCCUUGAUGCUUGUGCUGACGAUCUCCACACUGUGGAGUCCUGCUUCAGCAAUCCGUGAUGGCAAUGAGGUCCAAAGCGGUUGGAGCCUUGACACAAAAACCGCUCGCCUUUCCGAAGACCAGGCAGGACUAGCGGACCUCCUCAAUGGAGUUGAGGGAGCGCAAUGUGAGUUCCACAAGGACACCGGAUGCAUGCAAGCCAUGCUGAAGAGCAAAUGGCCAGAAAAGGACUGGGAUGUCUUCUGGAUGAACAACAACGAAAAGGAGAAGUACUUCAUGGUCUGGGCCGACUUCAAGCAGCACUGGACCAGAGCGGAAUUCUCCAAGAACAACCACAGAAUCUUCAUCUUCGCGGAUCCCAAGUUUCCGAAAUACGCCUGA